AACCCGUCAAAUCUAAUGUCAACGCAUAGAAAAAUUUGUACCUCUGUGUCAAAAUUUAAUCAAAAUUCAAUGUAAAAACAAUAACAAUUUCAAAUUAACUUGAAAUUUAACGUGCAGUGAUCCAUGAACACCGAAAUUUCCUGUGUUUAAUACGAGAAAAGCGACAUGGCGGAAAAAUCAACCGAUUCAAGUGUGAGUGAGGCAAGCAGCUCUCAAAUCAGCGAUGAAAAGCAGUCCGGUAACUGGUGGGACUCUUGGUUGUCAUCUGCUAAAACUAAAUCUGCAGAAGUGUAUACAAUGGUGAAGAAAGACCUCGACGAAAUAGGCAGUGCUGUGAAAUGUGAAGCAAGUCAUGUUUUCAGCACCACAUCCAAUGUUAUAGGCAAGACUCUCAAGUUGGAUGUACCAGAGUCACCUGCUAAUGCUAUGAAAAAGAGUAUCAGCACAUUCAUCGGUCAAGUGAGUACGGUCCUGAAUCCGGAGCCAGAUGAUGAAGACGACACAGAAGUUAUACUGUCCUCCGGUGACACUACCAUGCUGUCAACGUACAAGAAAGAACUAGAAGCUCUACAACGCGUGGACGCUACCUUCAUAGUGCCGGCCUACAGUCCAGAGUUUGAGGCUUGGAAGGCCAGCCUUGAGACAUCCGAGGCCGGUAUAGUGUCGCCGGUGUCGGCCGCCAGACGACUCGACUCGAAUCCCGUGCUGAAGGCGCAGUACGACAAGCUUGUGCCGGAUGCGGUCUCACACGAUGAAUUUUGGGAACGGUACUUAUUCCGUGUAGCCCUACUUCAAGAUAAGCUGGCCGCAGCUUCUCGCAAGCAAACCAUCGAAGAACCCACCAAUGACCCCGUAAUGGCGAAUUUACCACUACAAUCACAGCCGCAAACUCCCGAAAAAGUUCCAGAAAAAGUUCCAAUCAUAGAGAACGAAAAGAAUUACGAGAACGAAGACAUAGACAACGUCGUCACCUGGGAGGACGAAGACUUCGCUCAUGACGUAGAACUGACGGAGGAACAGCAAACUCUGCUUCUAGAGGAAUACGAGAGGGAGAUCGCUUCGAAAAAACUCGCAAAACAGAACACGACAUGCGACUCAGUCAACAACAACAACAACAACAAAGCAGACAAUCCAACGAAAAAGUCCACGAACAAGACCACAGAUAACAUGAACAACAGGAACAUAGACAAAAACAAACAUGGCCGCUCACCGGAAAAGGCGGGAAAACUAGACCCGUGCGGCAACAAUCUGGUCGAAGACUAUUUCGCUGAUAAGGAAGUCAAAGAUGACGCCAGUGCCAAUUCGGACGAGAGCUGGGAGAAAGAUUUCGAAAUUGACGAUGUCAAACAGAAAGCAUGAAUAAUUCCAGCCCUAGUGUUGUAGUAAUGAUGCCGGCCGCACACAUAUGUCCUAUAAGUCUGUAUGAAUGUUGGAUUUAGAAGAGGGAACUCGAAUCAAACACUAGUGACAAGAUCGAUCUAUAAACAAAUCUGUUGGACAGAUGAUCAAAAUAUACUAUGGAAGAUAUUAGCGUCACUCACUCACCGAGUUGCGAAAAGCAAUGACACUUUUAACACUAAACAAGAUUGUUCCUCACUUAUCGGCCGCUCAUAUUCGAGAAGCUUCUACAGAUUCUAAAGAAUCGUGAGAGCAAAAACUAGUAACUAAUUUGGCUUGAAAUGAAAUUGCCUGUCCGGUGUCAAAUACGCAUUUUUUUUUCAAUAAUAUGAUGUUAUUGCCGUUUCCAUAGACCUCACAAUGAGAGACCUUGCCUUCAUUGAUAAAUAAAAGAUGAUUUCUCAAUUCUUGUGAUUGUACAAAAGCGGUAAUUCAAAUCGGAACCUUGGAAAUAGGCAGAAUGAGGGCUAGCAACAGACUCCAUUAGUAUCUAAGGCUAAAAAAAAAAAAGUGAGCUAAUUAUGAUAAGAGUAAUCGACAAUAUUAAUAAAGCGGUCAAAUAAAAGUUUGUUUGUUUAUAUAUUUUGUGAUUGCCUCGUCAAAGCUCAGCCAUAAUGCACAUUUGACGGUACACGCGUUUGGCAAACUUUAGUCUUUGCCAAUGCGAGCAAGAAAUUGGAAGAUUAUAAACAUUUAACCCAACCUCUAAACUAACAUUCAUACAGGCUUCAAUCGACGUGUGUAUAAUAUAAAUAAAAUAAAAGCCAUUCUUAAAUAU